CCAUUCGUUUGUUUAUAUUAUUCUUGCUUAUUUCACAGCAAUAAUUAAUUAAGUUUUAAGCAGUUCUGGUUUGUUAAAUAAAGUGAUAGUGAUAAAAACUAAAAGGAUAUCCAAAAGCCCAGUGAAUCAGCUAGCCAGUAUUAACAAAAUCAAUUUGUUAUUCGAGAAAAAUAGAUAAUUGUAAAGUUCGUCGGAAUUUUUGAUUAAAUACGAAUUUCUUAAUUAUUUUGUGAUUUCAACACUUAAUUCCUUCAAAAUAGAAGUGAAACAGGUUUUCUCUGGCAAUUGCUUUUGGAAUCAGGCAUAAUCACGUUGUAAAAGUGGCUAAAUUAGUCUUAACUGAAAAUAGCUGGAUGAGUCAUAAUUAAUUGACUGAAAAACAGCAAAGGAACUAAAAUAAUUUGUAAUAUUCUCUAAAUCUAUUAACUGUGCUAAUAAAAAGAAAUAAUCGUGAUACAAAAUGGGCUUAUUUGGACAAAGUAAACAGAAGAAUCCAUCUGAAAUGGUAAAAGAGUGGAACGCGAAAUUACGCAAAGAGGGCUACGCACUCGAUCGUCAAAUACGGUCGAUAAAACGUGAAGAAGAUAAGAUUAAGAAAUCACUUAAAGAGGCUGCAAAGAAGAACGACAAGCAAGUUUGCACAAUAUUAGCGAAGGAAGUCGUAAGAUCCAGAAAGGCCGUAAACAGAAUUUAUGCUAGUAAAGCAACACUUAGCUCUGUUCAACUGCAAAUGGCACAACAGCUAGCUACAAUUAAAGUGUCUGGAUCGCUUCAAAAGUCAACAGAAGUGAUGGCUGCAAUGCAGAAACUCGUUCGAUUGCCUGAAAUCGCCGAUACAAUGCGAGAUAUGUCUAGAGAAAUGACAAAAGCCGGUAUUCUUGAAGAAAUGAUCGAAGAAACAAUGGAGUCGCUAGAAGAUUCAGAAGAAAUUGAAGAAGAGGCUCAAGGUGAAGUUGAUAAGGUUCUUUGGGAAUUAACAGACGGUAAAUUAGGCGAAGCUCCAUCUGUUCCAUUAACAACACCUGCAGAAGCAUCAACAAGUAAAGUUGCGCAUGAAGAAGAUGAAGAAGAGGACUUGGAGGAUAUGAAAAACAGGCUUGAAGCCUUAAGAUCAUAAAUGAGUCAUUAACUUAUACGUUCAUAUAACUAUAUAAAACAUAAAAUUACCCAACUGUCUAAUAGAUUUUUUUUAUUGCGUCACGUUUUUGGAAUGAAAUCAAACUCACCUGCCGUGUCGUGUGUGUGUGUGUGUGUGGAUGAAAGGAAAUGCAUUGGACGUAAAAUGUGCUUCAUAUUUCAUUAACAAAAAAAAAUUGACCUUGUAUGCCUAACGAGCUAGAAUUAUUUUCUUAAAACAUAUAAAACUUUCUUUAAGUGGCUUGAAAACAUUUUUGAUAGAUACAUUCAAUAUUAAUGUACUCAACCCGUACACACAUACAAUUUAUGUACAUUAUAAAAUAUUAAAAUUACAAGAACUCAAAAAUGAAUUUAUAUUUUAUUAAUGCUAUCCUUAUUAUGUAUGCAUAGAUGAUAUGACAUGAAUAAUUAACAAAAUUAUCUCUUUAAUCCAAUAACUUAUAAAAUCAACAAAUACGAGAAACUAUUGAGAGCAUAGAACUUAAGAUUCUAUAUAUUUAUUUUUAUGAGAAUGUCAAAAAAAAGU